AUGGGCUAUAGAUCGCCAGUAACCAAGCUGCGCCACCAUACUAGGGACCAUUGGGACUUAAAAUACUUCUGCUUCCUGCACGGUUCCCCAGGCGGAUUGAUACCAUUCCUACAGCUGUUGGGGAUUGCACGCAAUAUGCCGAGUUUGGAGAUACUGUUGGAGACACUUUCUGACCAGUUCCCUAAACUGACCAGACACCGGUGGCUGCUUCUCCUUCUCGUCUUUAUUCCCUCUUUCCUUCUGACUCUCCCGUACACUACACAGGGUGGUAUCUACCUGUUGACCCUCGUAGACUGGUACUCCGCUGUCCCUCCCGUGAUGUUGUUUGGGGUGGUGGAGUGUCUGGUACUGGCCUGGGUGGUUGGUGUGAUCAGACUUGACAUGUGCACAGUGGAGAUGUAUGGUAAAACUAUUCCCAGAUGGUUGACGUUCCUCAUAAAGUACAUCACUCCUGGCCUGCUGAUGACUAUACUAGUAUACGCCUUCUACGUGUACCGUCCUCCAAAAUAUGGUGACUACAUCUAUCCUGAAUGGGCAACUGUGAUUGGCUGGCUUAUAUCUGUAGCCAUAGUUCUACCGACUCCAGGUUGGAUGGUCUACUCUGUUUGGAAGUCAGAUGGGACAUCAGUCAAGCAGAGAUUGGCCAGAGCAUUCAUUCCACAAGACAACAAAGAUGAUCUAGCAAUGGACGACAGAGAGCAAGAAACCCUGACUCAGGCAUUAUAGACAAUAUUAACUGUACUAAAAGAGUGCC